AAAACUUGUUAGAAGAAACUGACAGUUUUAAACGACGAGUCUAAAAAGCUAAAGAAUUUCGUCAGAAGGAAAUGUUUGGAUUAAGCGAGAAGCUGACGUUUGUGGCAGCGGCGGCUCUGGUUGUCUUGUCCGUAGUGAGGUCAUCUCCGGUGGUGGGGCCAGAGCCUAUCCGCUGUGCCCCCUGUACUCAACAGAAGCUGAACGACUGCCCCGCCAUCCCAGCAGGCUGCAAGCAGGUGUUAAGGGAGCCAGGCUGUGGCUGCUGCAUGGCCUGUGCGCUCGAGGAGGGGGCUUCCUGUGGAGUUCACACAGCCCACUGUGCUGAGGGUCUCCGCUGCACUCCUAGACCUGGUGAAGCCAGACCACUGCACGCUCUGACCAGAGGACAGGGAAUCUGCACUGUCGACCUCGGCCAAGAGGAAGAUGGAGGAGUCCCUGACCAUGGCUCGUUGCAGCACAUUCUGGGACUUAACCUUCCCUUUGAUCACCAAGAUUUUGCUGAAGGCCAGGAGAGUCUCAAGGCUAAGGUCAAUGCCAUACGCAGCAAACUGGUGCAACAGGGUCCAUGUCACACUGAACUGCACGAAGCACUGGACACGAUAGCCAUCUCUCAGCAGAGGUUAGGAGAGAAGUUCACAACUUUCUACCUUCCCAACUGUGAUAAGCAUGGCUUCUACAAGGCCAAGCAGUGCGAGUCAUCUCUCGUUGGACCACCCGCUCGCUGCUGGUGUGUCUCGUCUUGGAAUGGGAAGAGGCUCCCAGGAUCGAGCGACUUGGUCGGUGACUCAGAGUGCCAUCAAGAAGUUACUCACUGAAGGAUGGACUCUGUUGUCACUCAAAAACCAACUUUCACACACACAAAGGCACACACAUUAACAGACACAGGAGGUCGAGAUAAAUGUACCCUCAGCCACUCGAUGAGCCGGCUCUCCUUUGCAAAAAUGAAACUGUGAAAACUUAUUUGAGUGGAGGAAAUUUCCUCCCAUCUUAUUUACAUGGUGUAUGUAUGAUCAACUUAUUUAUUCGCUGCCUGUAUAUUCUUACAAGCAUUAACCAUUUGUCAUUUUUAGAUCUUUUAUAUGUUUGCCUGUUUUAUUUUUUUCAGUUGUAAAUAUAGGGCGACACUGUAUACAUUUGUGUUUCUGACUAAAUAACUCCAUUGCUCAAAACCACAGGUCCAUUACGGUGCCAAGCCCAUUUGAGAGACUUUGGGAUAAAAAAAAUUUUUUUAAUUCAUUCAUAACUAGAGCUGUGCACGGCAGGAAACAACACAGCAGCUCAUUCAUUCAUUCUGUUGACAUUGUCUGAAUGUAUCUCCACUGGCGUUUCCUCAAUGGGUAUUGGGUGAAAUGCUUAAAGUGCCACAAGUAUGUGCAUGGUGGCCUAGCACAAACAUAUCAGUGCUCUUCCAAGCCACGCUGAGGUUUGGGAUGGGUUGCUCAUCAUUCGUCUACCUCUGCUGGUCUCUGCAUGUCCACAGUUUGAGCAGAGGAUUUCUGAGACCUCUUCUCAGCUACAUCUUCUCACAUUAGGGACUUUAUUGGACCUUUUCUUUAUCUAACUACCUACUCUAGUAUUUAUUAUCAUUCACUUGUGUUUAAAGAUUUGUUAGUUGUUGUAGCCAUGUGCAGUAGAUCCAGUUUCAACUGAAUGCUAAUUGCCCUGGAAUGCUGCUUUUUCCAUUAUUGGGUUUGUUGUAUAUACUCUAAUUCUGUGGAUGUGCAUCUUAAUAAAAUCUUAUUUUAUGACAAA